AUGGAGCAUCGCAACGCGGACACGCUCAAGCGCAAAAACGACACGGAGAAACUCCUCAAGGAUCGAACGGUCGCCGCGUACAUCGACCCGGCGAAAGCGGAGGAAGCGCGCGAGCGCGGGAACACGCUGUUCAAAGAGCAGAAGUACCCCGAGGCGGUCGCAGAGUACACCGAAGCGAUCAAGCGCAACCCGGACGAUCAUCGCGUCUACUCCAACCGAGCCGCGUGCUACACGAAGCUCGCCGCGUUCAACGAAGCGACGAAGGAUGCGGAAAAGUGCAUCGAGCUCGAGCCGACGUUCGCGAAGGGGUACACGCGCAAGGGCCACGUGGAGUUCUUCACGAAGCAGUUCGACAAGGCGCUGGAGACGUACCAAGCCGGCCUCGCGCACGACCCGAACAACGAAGAGCUGAAGGACGGCUUGCGACGCGCGAUGGUCGAGAUCCAAAAGGGCAGCACCGGGCAGGUGAGCGAGGAGGAGAUGAAAGAGCGUCAGGCGCGCGCGAUGGCGGACCCGGAGAUUCAGAACAUCCUUCAGGACCCGGUGAUGCGUCAGGUUCUGAACGACUUCGGGACGGAUCCGAAGGCGGCGGCGGAGCACCAGAAGAACCCGGCGGUGAUGGCGAAGGUGCAGAAGCUCAUCAACGCGGGCGUCGUGCAGGUGCGCUGAUUCGAUGCUUCGACGCGACGCGAUCGAUCGAGCGCGGCGACGCCGACGCCGACGAGAGCACAGCCGCGCGCCUGAGGCGCUCGAGCUCUUCUACCGUAGGACAGACGCGCGAUGUGACACGAAACAUUUUUGCAGC